CGAAGAAGGAGGAGCGAAGCCAAAGACCCCAGAUCUUCUACAACAGAUCUAAAUGUUGCUCUCAGUGAAUGUAUGGUAGCCGUGAAUUUCUUUCUGAAUAACAAGUUCCAAGAUGCCCUUGCUUCUCUACAAACUAAAUUUAGAAGAAUUUGAUACAAGAAUUUCUCUGUGCCAGAAUUCUGUAAAUUCAAAUUGAUGGAUCUUUGACUUCAUCAGCAUGGAUUGUGGAAAUAGGGGUGAUCCUAUCUUCAGUCAAGCUUGAGCCUGAAAAAAGGAUAGCAUGUAUCAUGCUCUGACUUAUGCUACCAUUUUGGAAAUUCAGGCCAUGAUGACCUUUGACUCCAGGGACAUAUUGAAUGCUGGAAAUACAAUGGAAGAAGCUCAAGUUAUAUGUCAGAAGUUUCGGAAAAAGUCUUCUGUAGCAGACUCUUUCAACAAUUUAGUGUGCAAACAGAAUCUUGAACAAUUAACUGAAGAAGAAAUCCAUGCAGAAAUUUGUUAUGCUGAAUGCGUGCUUCAGAGAGCAGCUCUUACAUUCCUCCAGGAUGAAAGCAUAAUUAGCUUUGUGAAAGGCAGCAUCAAAAUAAGAAAUAGUUAUCAAAUAUACAGGGUACUUGAGAAUCUAAUACAGUCUCCCAGUUAUGUUAAAGGAGAAAAUCAUCCCCAUUUUGAAGUCGGUGUAAAGUUGGGAGUUGGAGCAUUUAAUCUGACUCUAUCUAUGUUACCAACAAGGAUUGCACGAUUACUGGAAUUUGUUGGUUUUUCUGGAAAUAAGAAAUAUGGCUUGCAGCAACUUCAAGAAGGAGCAUCAAUGUGUGGCUUUAGAUCUGUGCUGUGUACUCUGCUACUGUUGUGCUAUCAUACCUUCCUGACCUUUGUGCUAGGAACAGGUAAAGGAAAUGUUGAAGAAGCAGAGAAACUUCUCCAACCUUACCUGAUUCAAUAUCCAAAAGGUGCCAUAUUCCUGUUUUUUGCAGGGAGAAUAGAAACAAUAAGAGGCAAUAUUGAUGGAGCCAUCAAAAGGUUUGAGGAGUGUUGUGGAGCCCAGCAGCUUUGGAAGCAGUUCCAUCACAUGUGCUACUGGGAACUGAUGUGGUGCUUCACAUAUAAACGGCAGUGGAAGAUGGCAUAUUUAUAUGCAGAUCUGCUUAGCAAAGAGAAUACCUGGUCAAAGGCUACUUACAUAUUUAUGAAAGCUGGCUACCUCAGCAUGCUUGGUGCAAAAGAUUAUAAACCUUUUGGAGAUGAUGAAGUUGAGCUAUUUAGGGCUGUGCCUAGUUUGAAACUGAAAAUAGCUGGGAAAUCCUUGCCUACAGAAAAGUUUGCAAUUCGGAAAUCCCGGAGAUACCUUUCCCGAAAUCCUAUUCCACUUCCUGUGCCUGUUUUGGAAAUGAUGUAUGUCUGGAAUGGUUAUGCAGUGAUUGGGAAGUGCCCAGAUUUAACGGAAAACAUAUUGGAGUCCUUAGCAGACGCAGAAACAAUCCUGGAGAAAAGCCCAGCUACAGAUUUUCUUGUUGAUGACCAUUGUAUGAUAAAGCUUCUGAAAGGGGUAUGCUUAAAACAUCUGGGCAAGAUUUCGGAAGCAGAAGAUCACUUUACUUAUAUUCACUUCAAUGAAAAGAAGAUCAAGUAUGAUCAUUACUUAAUUCCAAAUGCACUGCUUGAACUUGCUUUAUUAUAUCUGGAUCAAGAUAAAAUAGAAGAAGCAAUUAAGAUCCUGGAAAGAGCAAAGCAAAAUUAUAAGAAUUAUUCCAUGGAAACAAGGACACACUUCAGAAUUCAAGCUGCUUUGCAUCAAGCCAGAUCUCUCCAAGAUGAUGAUGAUCGUUCUAUAGCAACUGUGGUUUUGUAAUGUUAGUUUUUUUUUAAAUCAGCAGUUCAUUUGGUGUAAAAAUCUUCAGAGAUGAAUAUUACUGGCAAUAUUUUAAAAUGAUUUCCGUGUCCACAUUAGCACAAAUGUGUUUAAUUUUAAAAAUUCUAAGAAAUCAACACUUAAAAAGCAGUAUUUCUUUCAUUAUCUCUGUGUGCCAUUUUCAGCCAGUUAAAAGCAUUUUGAAAUAUGUUAAGUUGGUGAAUAAUAGCAAAUAAACUAGUAGAACCUUGAAGUCUUUCUGCUCACACCUUUGAUCAGAGUCAGAUGGUUAAUUUUUAAAAGUACUAAUUAGGUGGAUCUUGUUUUCUUGAUAAUAAAAGAGUAACAGAAUUGCCUGUUAAAUUGCUUAUUAAAUAGAACAAUGUGUAGUCCUACAAGCUUGCUUACUUAUCACAAUGAAAUAAUUUAAAAAGGUAGAACCUCCCUCCCACCCACCUUUCAGCUGUCCUUUAAUAAAGGGCUCCCCAAACUUAACAACUUUAAGACUUGUGGACUUCAACUCCCAGAAUUCCCUAAUCGGCCAUGCUUUAAUAUGUACAUUGUCCCGAUGGGGCAAAAAACCCUAUGUGAUAUGGUUGUUUGGCUAGUUUGAUCGGUUACCAAGAAUUUUAGGAUAAGUAUCAAUAUUAGAAUAAUUGAAGAACUAUAGCAAACAAUCCUGAAUCAUUUUCUGGAACAAAAGCUAAGUUUAAAGUAUUUGAAAAGAAUUAGAUUAUUAAAAUACUUUUAACAUGCUAUUAUUCCAUAAUAAGGAGUAAACAAUUGAUGUAGGAGAUGACUAUGCUGAGCCAGAGGAGGGAUCAAAAGUAUCAUGUUACGAGUCCCUGCACGCCCACAAGAGAUCUAAGUCCAGCCUACCUUGAAUGCCUAUCUUAUCUCCCGCUCAUAUCUCUUGACGGUUAGUUGGUCUGAUUCUUGUAGAGGGCUUAAGCUUGCAAUAAAUCUUUAUAUUUAUUUGAACUGCCUGAAUCUUCUGAUUUUCCCUGGUAUUAAUUCAACUUAGGAAAAUUAUUUCACAAAAUAUUUUAUGCAAGAUAGCAUUUUAAACUGAAACAUGUAUAGAUUCAAUUGCUGACUCUCAGUGGGAUAUCAUAAGUGAGAGACAGAGUAAGUUACUGAAACGUUAGUUUUUAAAACUAUAUGAUAAAUACAGGUAACUUUCAACCUACAACCAUUCAUUUAGUGACCAUCUAAAGAUACAGCAGCACCAAAAAAUGUGACUUAUAGCCAAGCCUCAUAUAUACAAUUGCCACAGCAUCUCCAUGGUCACAUGAACAAAAUUCAGGCACUUGACAACCAGUUUGUAUUUAUGAUGGUCGCAGCAUCCUGGAGCCAUGCGAUUCACUUAACUGCAGUGAUUUGCUAACAAACGUAGCAAAAAAGACUGUAAUAUUGGGCAUGCAUCGGCAACUUAACAGCUGUCUUGCUUAGCAACAGAAAUUCUGGUUCCAACUGUGGUUCCAAGUCGAGAUCUACCUGUAUAAUAACAGAAUGUCUGUAAAUUUUCUUACCAAAAGGGAACUUUAUGAUUCAUCUCUGAUAGGAUCAAUUUCUUUGAGAGAGAAUUCCUGGUCUAGAUUAAUCAGAGCCUUGAGGUUAAAGACUGUAGACAAUUCAGUAUUGUAUCUUAUUUGUGUUCUGCACUUAUUCUCUGAUCGGAAAGUUCUAAAGAAAUUGCUAAUUUCUUCUCCGGUUAAAUUAACACCAUAUAUGUCAGCAUUUUGCAUACUUAACUGAAUUAAUUUCACAAAUGCAGUUUGUAUCUUUGCUGGUAUAUUACAUGAAACAAAUGUGUCAGUAACUUUCAAUUUUUGUAGAAACCUGAAACAAUAUGUGAUUUAUUAUUUCAAUGUGCAAUUAAUUAAAUAUCCUGUGACAGGACACUGGGUUAGUGUCAGUUAAAACAUAAUUUUUCUUUUUGGAUUUAGACCAGAGAAUCUUUUCCCACAAUAGAAAUUACUUGCUUGGUCUUGAAAAUAGAAAUUGUUUAAUAUUUUCCAGUUUUAAAGAAUGCAACUUUGAGUAAGAAAUUGCCAACUUUACUAGCGCAAAUGCAAUACACAUAUAAGUAACUGUUUAUACCAGAUGUGAAAUAUGUGCAUAGAAACACAAAGCCAGUUCUUGUACUUUGGCUGCAAUAUUAAAUAUU